UAAAGCUCCCUCUUCAUAUGUUUGGUGUUCACAAACUCAAAUACAUCCCAUAACAACAACAAACAGAGGUCUUCUCUCUUUUCUCGUCUCUAAUUCCUCGAUAGUGUAAUAAAAAAAGAAUGGCUGGAAUUGUAGUGUUUUUCGACUUUGACAAGACGAUUAUCGAUGUGGAUAGUGAUAAUUGGGUGGUGGAUGAGUUAGGCGCCACUGAUUUGUUCAAUCAGCUUCUCCCCACUAUGCCAUGGAACUCUCUCAUGGAUAGAAUGAUGAACGAACUUCAUACACAAGUCAUAACAAUACAAGAUAUUGAAGAGGUACUGAAACGGGUUCCCAUACACCCUAGGAUUGUUCCAGCUAUUAAAUCAGCUUAUGCAUUAGGGUGUGAUUUGAGAGUAAUAAGCGAUGCAAAUGUAUUCUUCAUUGAAACUAUCUUGAAACAUGUCGGAAUUAGGGAUUGUUUCUCUGAGAUCAACACCAAUCCAGGCUACGUCAAUGAAGAAGGCAGGCUUCGAAUCCUCCCUUAUGUUGAUUUUCAAACAUCCCCUCAUGGAUGCAAUCUCUGCCCUCCCAACAUGUGCAAGGGUAUGAUAGUAGAGAGAAUUCAAGCCAUCUUGGCUAAGGAAGGGAAGAAAAGAAUGAUCUAUCUAGGCGAUGGAAUCGGGGAUUUCUGUCCCAGUUUGAAGCUCAUGGAAACAGAUUUUGUGAUGCCAAGAAAAGAUUUCCCAGCCUGGAAUUUGAUAAACGAAAACAGGACACUAGUAAAAGCAGCUGUCCACGAGUGGACUGAUGGGGAAGAAUUCGAGCACAUUCUGCUACAACUGAUCAACACGAUCACUGUUGAAGAAAACCAAUUGUUAUCAGUGGAGUACUGCAAAUUCCAGACGAUGUCCAAAGAAGCCUUACCACUGGCUCUUCCAGUGCCUUACUAAUGGGCUACGAGAUUAUUGUACUCUGUUUUGUAUGUAUGACAUUUUUUUUUAUCAAAAGUUAAAAAGUGAUUGCUAUA